CUCAGAAUUUGUUUAAAAGAGGUCAAUUCUUUUUACCCAGAUCCUAGAAUUAGUCAUCAAUACCUUCCUAAUCAGUAAUGAAUGGCAAAAAUUCUCUUCCUAAACGAUGAGCUACGCCAACAAUAACCUAGGACAAUAGCAUUCAUCUUUCCAAUCGAUCGCCACUUAUUUGGAAUGUACUGACUCGAAUGUUUGAUCUGUCCAUUACACGCUUGAAAGCGAAUGAUUCCAAACCAUCACUCGACAAUGUCUUGUAAUGAAACAGUUAACUCUCAAUGUUAUCGAUUUGCGAGUUUAUUCACCAUCUUAACUUUAAUUGUAUUCUAAACGUGUCAGUGCAUGGUUUGAAAAUUAGUUACAAUCAAUUCAUCCGAUUGUGAAUUUUAGUCGGUUAGAAUGCUGCGUCUUUUUGUAUUAGUGUGUUUCUUGUCCUGUUGGAAAAUCAUCAAAGGAGGCAUACUACAAUCACCUAAUCAUCAGCUACUAUCGGAUAAGGAAGUUGAAGAAAUGCUCCGUAAAUAUCCAGAGCUCAGUGAUAAGUUUAGCGAAAUGGAUCUAGAAUAUCGGCGAUAUAUACAAGAGGUUGGCUCAAUUCUUUUGUCGGACACUGACCUACGGGAGAAGCUGGACAUACUUGACAACAACGACCUUUCGUCAGGUUUGAUAGCAGACGAACUGGAUAAACUGAAACCCGAGUUACGAUCAAAACUGAACGAGAUAAAACGAGCAGAAAUUGAUCGAUUGCUCUCUCGAUGGCGAGAUCUCGCAAAAAUUACCGAUCCUGAACCAAAGGGUAUAGUGCACUUGGACACGAAAAAUCCCCACUCUUUCGAAGCCGAUGAUCUCCGAUAUCUCCUUAAAGCG